AUGUCGAGUGCGCUAUCUCCGAGCGCCUCGCCAGCUGCCGCCGGCGACGAGCAGACGCGACGUCGCUCCGUCUUCUAUGUGCCAUUAUUCGAGAGCUUCGACAAUUACUUGCCCUUGACGCCAGAAGAAAAAGAAGCUCUAAUAACAGGACAGACUAUUGAAAGUGUCUCUACAAAAACUAAAAGACGGAAUGCGUCAGAAUUGGGUAGAUUGCGAAUUCCUUCUCGCGGUGAUUCAUCAUUUACGGAAAGUGAAAACGAUAUGAGUGCUUUUAGUCCAGAACGGCGAUGUCGUCGGCCUUUGUCAUCGACGGCGAGUUCUAACGAGGCGCUGACAAGAUUAGGCCAUCGCGACUUGACGAGUCCAAGACUUGUCGCCCAAAGCUCUCUUUUAAAGAAUACUAAGCCUAGAUUACGAAGUACAACUACUUGUGAACCUCGAUACGAUAGAAUAUUUACACCGAUAGGAGGCUCGAUAUCGUCAAAUAAAUUAAAUAGCUCUACAACAAAUAUUAUAAACAAAUCACCUUCGAAAACUUCAAUUAUGAACUCCAACUUAUCACUUAUACCUGACUCACCGAAACUAUUAUCGCCUGCAAAGGAGAAAUCAAAAACGUUACCACAAAAUCUCAACAUGCCAUCCCCCAUUAGAGGUAGCAGUAGUUCUACAUCCAUAUUUAGAACACCACGAAUAACUGUUACCCCUGAUAGUCCUAAUAAAAGCCCAGGAAAAAUGUCUGGGCUAAAUUUUAUUCGGCGAUCUCGGAGUACAAAAUUGUCGCGAAGCAAUUCUCUAUUACGAAGUAUUACUUCCAGACACAUAGAGGAAGGCUUAGAAGAACAUGCGGCUAUUGUAACAUACUUAACAGAAAAUUACGACAAGUUCGUAGAUAGCAAUGGAGGUGAAUCAGAAGUAAUAUGUGCUUUGAUUAAAAAAAAUGAAGCUCAAAUAGCGAACAGUCCUAUGAGUAUUCGAAGGGCAUACCUUGAUGUCGACGACGAUGUUGCUGUACAUUCUGACACGUCAUAUGAGAAGGCAUGUCGUCGCGGGUCAGCACCAAGCACACCAGUGCCAGGCGCUCAAGCGCAGCACAGUCCCUCGCGCUUGGCAUCAUUUUUCUUCUCCAAGCGGUCCUUCAGAAGCAACCCACUCAAGAGGACCAAGUCAGCGACGAAAUUGGAGAGGGAACGUGCUUUGGCUGCUGUCCCUACGCACCCACCUACCCAUGCCUUACGGACAUCGAGAUCUCAUGAAAGCCUUCUAUCAGCGCAUUCACCCGCCGUCUCUACCAUGGAUUUGGGACCACCCAAUCAAGUAGAAAUUCGUUCUUUACACUCGUCGGUGCUAGGCAGGCCACACUGCUUCGCACUUAGUGCAGAGAACAGAGCACCGAGAUACUUUGCCUGCGCCUCACGGAGGGAACGAGACCGAUGGAUAUAUAGCUUGCGACAGGCGGCGCGACCGGAUGAGUUACGCACGCGCCGAUGUGAGCGAACAGUUAAACUGUGGCUGUUAGAAGCCAAAGCGAUACCACCUAAGAAGAGAUAUUAUUGCGAGAUUCUUUUAGACGACACGUUAUAUGCUAGGUCAUCAUCAAAAUUAAAAACAGACCUGUGCUUCUGGGGUGAGGUGUAUGAGUUUGGCGGUCUCCCCGCAGUGCAAGCGAUACACGUCAACGUCUACAGAGAGCCAGAGCGACGUUCACGUAAGAGAGAUAAACACGCGCUUGUUGGUACAGUACGUAUCCCGGUUGACGACGUAUCCUCAAGGUACCUCAACGAGCGAUGGUACCCGCUGACCGAGACGGAGAAGGCGUCGCCCGCGGCGCCUGCGCCCGCGCUGCGCAUUAAAUGUCGGUACCAGAGCGUCGACGUGAUGCCGAUCGACCACUACGCGAGGUUCCUCGAUUACCUCAAAAGGAACUACAGACGGCUUUGUGAAUAUUUGGAGCCUGUUAUCGGUGUAAAAGCGAAGGAAGAUAUAGGAUGUGCGCUGGUGCUGUGCAUGGCGGGCGCCGGGCUGGCCCCGCGCUACCUCGCGGACGUCGUGGCGCUGGACGUGCGCCGCACCGGCGACCACUCGCUCACCUUCCGAGGGAACUCGCUCGCCACCAAGAGCAUGGAGGCUUACCUCAAACUUGUCGGAGAUCAGUACCUGCAGGAAACGUUGAUGGAGGCGGUAAUGAUGGCGGCGGGCCCGGGCGCGGCGGAGUGCGAGGUGGACCCGCUGCGCGCGGGCGGCGCGGGCGCGCUGCGGCGCCAGCAGGGGGCGCUGCGCGACGCCGUCACGCUCGCCUGGCGCUCCAUCGCCGCCUCCGCUGACAGGUUCCCGCCGCCGCUCCGGGACUGCUUCGCCACGUUUAGGGAAAGACUGACAGCAAUGGGCCGCGAGGACAUAUCGGACAAUUUGAUCAGCGCGUCUAUAUUUCUUCGCUUCCUUUGUCCAGCAAUACUGUCUCCAAGCCUCUUUGGAAUUACUCAUGAAUACCCGAACGAGCGCGCGGCUCGUAAUCUAACGCUGGUGGCGAAGACCUUGCAGACACUGGCCAACUUCACACGCUUCCAGGGCAAAGAGGCGUUCAUGGAGUUCCUCAACGACUUCUUAGAACUGGAAGCACCCAACAUGAAGGCCUUCCUUAGAGCUAUAUCGACGCGUCCUCUAGAACAACAACAACUGCAGCAGCAACAUCAGCAACAGCAACAACAACCGCAGCAACAAGACGGCAGCAAGCGCAACUCAGCCACGUCCCAUACGUCACAAAACUCGCACAGCUCCGAGUCCAAGGAUUGCGUUGACCCCGACCCAGAGUGGGCACCUCACGUCGACUUAGGAAAGCAACUGGCCACGCUCCACUCGUUGCUAGUGGACAGCUUACCAAAGUUACCCACUAAUAAGAUACAGGAGUUAGAUCCGUUGACAGAUAUAUUAGAUGAAUUGAGCAAGAGAUUGGUGAGCAACGACAUCACCUCUUCUACGCAACCGGUCACUGACAACAUCUUUAGGUUUAACGAUCCCACGUGCAAUACUCCGACGAAGCCAGCCAACGAAGCCCUGGUCAUUGGUCAAAUGAACAACAAUUUUGCUCACAGUUCACCCAUCAUGAACAAAAAUGGCAUUCAGUUUAACAUUAGCCCGUCAAAAUCGAAUGCAGAAGACUCUAAAUAUAAACCAGGUUAUGCAACUGUUACAAAAUCUCCAAGUUUCAAUAUAAGAUCAGCAACAUUGCCUAGAAAAGGUUAUGGAUCAAACCAACCUAGCCAAGCUGUUAAUCCUGAUAGAUAUAGUUCACAGUAUAACAAUCAAGAACAUUGUGUAAAUUUAAAGGUUGUGCAAAUCGGAUUCAGCUCAGACCAGUAUCCUAAAGGCAUCAGUAACGGUAUUGGCGAGAGCUUAGAGCGCAGGUUCCAAGACAGGUACAAACCCAACAAUUACAACCAACAGCAUUUCCACACCUCUAACUAUAACACAGAAAGAUCUCCGAGCAACGAUAGCAUUAACCAUAAUUACUCCUCCAAUGACAUGCAAAACAUAAUGAAAGAAACAGCAACCUUAGAAGAAUUGUCAGAUCUCUUGAAAUAUGCUGACGACACCGGAGAUAUUGUUGAGGAUAAACUCAUUAUGAAUAAAAAGAAUUUGUCCAAUAACAACAAUAUCAUCAAUGGUAACAAAACUAACUACACGAAUAACGGCUCGAACGUUUCCAUCAGUGGACUCUCUAACGUUGCCAGUUCAGGCUACCAAAGCAUUGCAACUUACAGCCAAAGUUCGAGCCCAAUUGAAAACACGACGCACCAUCAUCAACCUUAUGAGAACGGCGGACAGCCCAUGAGUCGAUACUCUCAAAUAAAUUACCAAAAACAAAGGGAUAAGCAGUAUUACGACAGUAAAAAUGAAAAGUUCUAUCCAAAGAGCCCAGUGCAACAAAAAAUUGAGUAUGAUAUACAAAAAUAUGGAAUACAAAACUUUACAACUGCCGAUAAUACACCAUCCAACAUAAAUGUGAACUCAAAGGUAGCCCCGUUGGUGUUCACGAACCCAGUUUACAAUAUGGAUGACAAUCGCCAGUCCCAGGAGAAGAAGAACAAUGAGAAUAGAAACUCAAAACAUUGUCCCUGUGGCUCAUCCAGUUCAUCAAUAGAUGAGGAGGGCUUGAGCACGGACAACGUAGAGACUAACUCAGAAGAGGGUUCUACUAAUUUCAAUGAGGAUAGUAGAAACUAUGACCAACAGAAUCGCAACAAUACCCACCGUAAACUAACCAGAGAUAAUUGUAAUUAUGAAGACAUAUACCAGAGAAGCAAUCAGAGUCACUCUCCGAGAAUAAGGGACGACGAAUCCUCUAGUAAUUCGCCAAGUCUACGAAAAAGUAGUAAAACGCGAAUGCCUAGAACAAACCCUAUGCUCUCUUACUCCACAAAUCAGAAUCAAAUUAACUUCAAGCACUUUGGCCAAAGAGGCGAAACUUUAUACGAGAGCAAGCCUCACCACAUUUCAACAGAUUCUGGUUACCCGAUGAGCAGGUCAGAAUCAAACGUAGAAGAAGUUAACAAGGAAAUGUACAGGUUACAGAUUUCUAGAAGUCAGAAGGCUCUCUACAAUAUGGAGAAUGCAAAAAAUUCUCCCGAAAAAUUUUCCAUGACAGAAAGCGCAAUUCCAGAGACAAAUUAUCCUUUGGAUAGGACGUAUUCUGGUGCGAAAAUGUCUAGUAGUAGAUUAAAUGAAGAUCUAGAUAGGCAUCAAGAGUAUUAUGGCGUACGGGAAAGGCGGGAAUCUCCUUCGAGGGGUAUUUUCAGUCGUGAGUCCGCGUCGAGCGAAGCGAGCGAGCGCGUUACAGUUCGAAGUGAAGUUGUGACGCGUGACAAGCCGCAGAGGCGCCUCAGCCUAGAGUCGGCGCGGGACCUCACUGAUAGUUCCGAUGAAGUGGAGGAUACACUUUACAGCACCACUGGUCGAAGACGCGUCACCAAACAUCACAGGACCAUUGAGCAGUAUGAAAGAGAAAUCGAGAGGUUAAAACGUUCCGUGGAAUUAUUACGGGGGAGGUUGGGACCGGCUGAACCGGGCCAGGACCCUACUGACGCGAAAAUGAAGGCCAUCAUAUCCAGACUGAUAUGUGUGGAGGAGGAACUAAGAAAUGAACAACGCAAGAUGGCUGCGGCGUUAUCCCACAAACAACGUGUGAUCGAGGCGCAGGAGCAUCGCAUCGCGGCGCUGGACGAAGCCAACACGCGGCUGCUGUCGGCGCUGGUGCACCUGCAGCAGCGCGCGCCGCUAGCGCCGCACGCGCACGCCGCGCCCACCGCGCACGCGCACGCGCACUCCACGCCCGGCGCGCACGCGCAGCACGCGCAGCACUCGCACCAGGAGCUACAGAUAUAA